UUCAAAGACGGUGAUCAGACUGGAAUCCGCAUCCUCACCGGAGACCUGGUUCUGAACCGUUGGGAUCUAAAUCUGUGUCUGUCCGGGUCCGAUUCUGUGUGGUCUGUGCGGUGUGUGCGGUCUGUGUGCUCUGUGCGGUGUGUGCGGUGUUUCCCGGACGGUGUCGGUGAUGGUGGACGCGGUGGAGUGCGGGGUGUGCGGGGUGAAGGUGAUGUGUCGCUUCAGGCCGCUGAACGACGCGGAGCGGGGCCGCGGAGACAAAUUCAUUCCCAAAUUCAACGGAGAGGACACGGUGGUGGUCGCGGGGAAGCCGUAUGUGUUUGACAGAGUCCUUCCUCCAAACACUGAACAGGUUCAGGUGUACGACACCUGUGCCAGACAGAUCGUCAAAGAUGUGUUGGGAGGAUACAACGGGACCAUAUUUGCUUACGGUCAGACGUCGUCUGGAAAGACUCACACCAUGGAGGGGAACCUGCAUGACCCUCGUCUGAUGGGAAUCAUCCCCCGUAUCUCCAGAGACAUCUUUGACCACAUCUACUCCAUGGACGAGAACCUGGAGUUCCACAUCAAGAUAGUCCAUCAGAAACAGCUGAGUCGUCUCCGGGACGAGAUUGAGCAGAAGCAGAGAAACGUCGACCAACUCAAAGAUGUGAAUCAGGCUCUGCAGCUGGAGAACAGGAAGCUUCAGUCUGAUUUUGACAAACUGAGAGCUGAGGAUCAGAACAAAGACCACAAACUCCAAAAACUGCUGUUCCUGAAUGAGAAGAGAGAACAAGCCAAAGAGGACCUGAAGGGUCUGGAGGAGACUGUGGCCAAAGAGCUUCAGACACUGAACAACCUUCGUAAAGUCUUCAUCGAGGACCUCGGCACCCGAGUCAAGAAUAGUUCAGAGAACGACUGCGACGAGGCCGGGGGAAGUCUGGCUCAGAGACAGAGGAUCAUUUUCUUAGAAAACAACCUUGAGCAGCUCAGCAAGGUCCACAAACAGCUGGUGCGGGACAAUGCUGACCUUCGCUGUGAGCUGCCAAAGCUGGAGAAGCGUCUGCGGGCCACAGCAGAGCGAGUGAAGGCUCUGGAAGCCGCUCUGAGAGAUGCCAAGGAGUCGGCCGUGAGGGACCGCAAACGCUACCAACAGGAAGUGGACCGAAUCAAAGAGGCUGUCCGGUCCAAGAACGUCUCCAGGAGAGGACACUUUGCUCAGAUAGCCAAACCAAUCAGAGCAGGACAUCAGCAUCAUCAGCACCCGUCCCCCUCUGCAUCCAUCAGGCCAACCGUCCGAGGAGGAGGCGCAACGUCCAGUCCACGUCAUCACUCCUCCCGGCAGCAACCACAGCAACCACAACCCCAUCAGAGCCACAGCAAGUAAGGUACAGGCAGCACAUGACUCCGGAUCAGUUUCCUUUUCUGUGGAUUUGGGGAUUUUGGAACUCCAAUGCUCUCACCACUCUGCCUUUACUGGAACCGUUUCUACUACUUUCCACCUUAACAGCCAUUCCACCUUAACAGCCAACAAGUGCUUUCUUUCCUUCUCUGAUUCUGUUCAACUGUCUGACCAGAUACAUUCAGUCAGAGUUUAAUGUGUUAAAAAAUGACUUAAAUAAGAAGUUUAAUAAGUUAACUCAGGGUUUUUAUCUGAAGUUAACAGAGGCCUGUACUACGUGGUAACCCCAACACCCGCUGUGAGCACAUUCACGUAAAAGAAUCUGACCAUACACAAACAUGGAGAAGUCAGAGUGAAGAAAAAACUUUAAUUAAAAUAAUCAAGACUAAGGGCCUGUGUUUGUGUCUUGACAUUAUUUUACAUGAGGGCAACCUCAGUGACUCUUCGAGUGGCUGCCAAAGAAUGUUUUUUUAGAAAAAAUGACACAAUAAUAAAUUAACUCUUUAAAACUGCAAUUAGAACCACGUUUUACAUGCAAUAUGUAAUUUCUGCCACUAGGGGGUCUCUCACAUCCAAACAAU